AUGCCUUACGAGAAAUAUAAGAACGAAAACGGUUGCGUUAUCGACGUAGGCAGAACUUCUGAGCAGCUGAAACCAAUUACCGAGAAUAUCUCUUCAAUUAUACAAGUUCUUGGAUCAGUGAGUGGACUUGCUACGAAGUGCAUCGGAGACGUUCUUGAACGUAGUGCAGUAGCUCUGGAGGAGUUGAACACACUGAGUGAUUCAGUAACGGCUGGAACAAUCGCCAAAAAACGACAACUUAUGCUUACGCGCAGUGGCAGAAGCACUCGGCGAGAGUCUUGCACGAAAAGUGAUUUUGCGCAUAUCACUGAUCCACUCUCUACUGUUGUUGGUCAGCAGCAGCUUUCUAGUGACGAUUCCGACUCAGAUGCACCCGAAGAGAUUUCUUCCAAACCUGGACCAGAUAUCAAACUUCUAACCGAUUCUGGUGAAAACUUGAGCCUCUUCGAGGAGCUUCAAGAAAAGAAGAGAAAACUGGAGGAAAAUAGGCAGGACAAAGCACGAUCGAGAAGGCGUAAAAGGGUGAAGAAAGUCGACAGAGGAGAAUACCGCAUCAAGGAAAAGAAAGCAGAGUUUAAAGUAUUGACGCUGGAAGAGGGUAUUAACAAGUCACUGGAGCCGCGUGUCAAUUUUCGGGACGAAUUAUUAAAAGCUCGAACGGCUGGGAAGAGAGAGAGAGGUUGGUUGCUAGCCAUAUCUUAUUGA